GUGGGGCAGGCGACGGGGACGCUGUGUGAGCCCCUGGCGCCCUCCUUGCAGGUGAAGAAGGCUCUUUGCGUGCUCAUCCAGCACCACGUGGUGAGUUACCGGGCGCCGAAGCGGGGGCCGGUGGAGUACGAGGCGCGGUGCGAGCGUGCCCUGCGCCUCCUGCGCUACCCCCGCUACAUCUACACCGCCAAGAGCCUCUAUGGGGACACGGGCGAGCUCCUGGUGGAGGAGCUGCUCCUCAACGGGCACAUGAGCAUGAGCGCCCUGGUGAGGAAGGUGGCGGACAGGCUCACCGACACCAUGGAAGAUGGGAAAAGCAUGGAUUACAGCGAGGUGUCCAACACCUUCGUGCGCCUGGUGGACACCCACUUUGUGCAGAGGUGUCCCCUGGUCCCCGAGGGCCUCGACACCCCCAAGGUGCCACCUCCUCCUGCGCCCACCUUGGUGCUCAAUGAGAAGGACAUGUACGUGGUGCCCAGGCUCAACCUCAUAGGGAAAGGGAAGCGGAGGCGGUCGUGCGAGGAGGAGGAGGAUGGGGAGCACCAGGCUAAGAAGCAGAAGCAAGACGGGGCAAGCGCUGAGCCCCCCCCCGACGAUGGCAUCUACUGGCAAGUGAACAUCGACCGCUUCCACCAGCACUUCCGGGACCAGGCCAUCGUCAGCGCCGUGGCCAACCGCAUGGAUCAGACCAGCAGCGAGAUUGUGCGGACGAUGCUGAGGAUGAGCGAGGUGACCACGUCCUCCAACGCGCCCUACACCCAACCACUGUCUUCCAACGAGAUAUUCAGGUCUCUCCCAGCGGGAUACAACAUUGGGAAGCAGGUUUUGGACCAGUAUCUCACCCUCUUGGCAGAUGACCCGUUGGAGUUCGUGGGGAAGGCCGGGGACAGCGGCGGGGGCAUGUUCACUGUCAAUCUCCACAAGGCCCUGGCGGCCCUGGCCACGGCCACCCUGGAGUCCAUCGUGGAGGAGAGGUUCGGCUCCCGCUGCGCCAGGAUCUUCCGGUUGCUCCUGCGCAAGAAGCACCUGGAGCAGAAGCAAGUGGAGGAUUUUGCCAUGAUCCCGGCCAAAGAAGCCAAGGACAUGCUCUACAGAAUGCUCUCGGAGAACCUGGUGGCCCUGCAG